CAGUCACAUAACCGUUCACCAGCUUGUUGGUUGGGCCAUGAGUUGUUGUGUUGUGCUGACAACCUUGUAUUGCACUGAAGGGGUGCCCUAGGGGGGCCCAAAGCAGAAAGAUGCGUUCAAGUCAAUGUAUGCGCGCGCUCGCGCACGUCGGCUGGUGCAAGUGCAAGUGCAAGUGCAGAGGAUGUCAUAUGUAUUGAUGUGGCACUCGUGUUGGCCAUCACUGCUGCUGCUGCGUGUGGGAGAAGAAGAGGGAGAGGGAGAGAAAGAAGCGGUGUCAGUGUACCAAUCCUCGGAAUACAAGAAGCUGUCGAGUUACCCAGAUCCCUUGACGCAGGAACAGGCUUUAGUUUCGUCACAGUCCCCCCCCCCCCCUCUUUUUCCCACUGAUGUCCGUUACAUCUCGCUGCAGCUGGCUCAUUUCUUCGUUUCCGGCACCCUCUCCCUCUCGCAAAGAAGGGCUCGCUCUUGCGUGGGUCCCCUUCUCCAUAAAAGUCAGUUGUACUGGGCGGCCUUAUUCCCUGGAUGCCAUCAGCGAGUGCUUCUAUCGACUUGCAGCCGCCUGCACCGCUGCCAUCACUUCGUUUCGUUUCCCGGUCCAGACUGCACACCCACGCACACACUCUUAAAUUGCCCGCUUCUCAAUCCUGCCACAUCUAGUUCCCUUUCCAUGUUUCAUGAAUCACCAGCAUCAUUUCAUAGCUUGAUCUGUUGAUCGCUUGUCAACGCAUGUUUCGUCAAAGCUGACUUGCCAAAGUUCAUCGAAAGGAAGACUGCCACAGAGGCAAGGCGGUUCUACUGACUUACGACUCCUGCUCCCGGCUCUUGACAGUCUCCAUCAAGCGCUUCCUGGCUGAUGUUCCGGUUCCGUCUCUCACCGGGGAAUCAUCUGUUCAGCCAUCUCGCUCUCUCGUCUUGAACAGCGACCUCCAUCAAAGCCCACCCGUCUCACAAUCCGCAUAUUGUCUGUAUGGUAACAAUGUCUCAAAACAGCGGGACCCCGGAUACCUCGUCGCAUUACUCUGAUCACGGCCGCGUUUAUGAAGGGUUUCGGCGAGGAAGAUAUCUGCUUCCAAUCGAUGAGGCAAGUUGCUCUUAG